AUGAAACCCUUCACCAUUUUUCAUUAUCAAAAUUUCAUUUCUUUCCCUUCUUUUCUUCCUUUUCCUUGCAUCCCUAAAUGGUGUCAUAUCUAUCUAUCUAUCUAUCUAUCUAUCUCAGUCAAUUUAUAUCUAUCUAUAGUUCUGUUCAUAUCUACCUACCUGUCUGCCUAUUUAAUUCAGUCUGUCCACGGUAUAUCUAUCUAUCUAUCUAUCUAUCUAUCUAUCUAUCUAUCUAUUUAUCUAUCUAUCUAUCUAUCUCAGUCCCUUUUUGAGCAUAUUAGAAAUAAUUCUGCGAGCCUCCGGGGGUUAAGAUCCGUUUUCUUUCAAAACCGACUGAGGGGAAAAAAAAAGCUUAAGACCGGGGCGCGAGCCAACGUUUUUCAGGAAAGACGCCAGCCGUUCAUAUCUAUCUAUCUAUCUAUCUAUCUAUCUAUCUAUCUAUCUAUCUCAUUCUGUUCACAUCUAUCUAUCUAUCUAUCUAUCUAUCUCAGUCUGUUCACAUCUAUCUAUCUAUCUAUCUGUAGCGGCCCACAAAGGGGGCACUAUUUACAGGAAUGCUUGCUAAUAUCUAUCUAUCUAUCUAUCUAUUCAUUCAUCUAUCUAUCUAUCUAUCUAUCUCCUUGCUUUAUCUAUCUAUCUAUCUAUCUAUCUAUCUAUCUAUCUAUCUAUCUAUCUAUUUCCUUGUGA